AUGAACUCUUGCGAAGUGUCCCUGGACACGUCCAUCGCUCUCUCCUGGCAAACAACCCCCAGGAGAGAGCCAGGGCCGUCCAGACCAGCGCGGCCCUGCUCCAGUUCGCCACCUCCCUGCCUGGAUUUGACACCUCCUCCGCCUUCUCCAAGGCAGGAGAAUUCGUUCUGCAGCUGGGUCUCUGGAUAUCCCACCCAGCCAGUAACAUCAGUCGGCAUGCCAGGGGUGGGAUCUACUGGCUUUACUGGCUCCUGCUCCGGAAGAGGGGGCUCAACACCAGCGAGGCCCCAGACUUGUGGUGCCGGGACGGGCUCCAUGACCCCGAGCGCCUGGGGUAUAGAAAUCUGGCCAGGGUGGGAGAGGAGGACAUCGCAGCCUACAUAAAGGUCCAGCUGUUUAACAUCAGGGUCUUGG